CUAGCGCUCUGCGUGAGCCCUCACUAAAGAUGGCGGCGCCCGCGGGGCCGGUUCGCUUCUGGAAGCCGGGUACAGAGGGUCCCGGAGCCAGCAUCGCGGAGGAGAGGCAGAGUAUCGCAGAAGCCUCCUCUGUCAUUUAUAACCCGCACGCUUCCCUCUCCAUAGAGCAACAGAGACAGAAGCUGCCGGUGUUUAAGCUUAGAAAUCAUAUCCUAUACUUAGUUGAAAAUUACCAGACCGUGGUCAUCAUUGGAGAGACGGGAUGCGGGAAGACCACCCAGAUCCCACAGUACCUGACCGAGGCUGGAUGGACGGCCGAAGGGAGGGUUGUUGGGGUGACGCAGCCCCGCAGAGUGGCAGCGGUGUCGGUGGCAGGGAGAGUGGCUGAAGAACGCGGGGCUUUGCUGGGACAUGAGGUUGGCUACUGCAUACGGUUUGAUGAUUGUACUGACCCACAAGCCACGCGUAUAAAGUUUCUUACAGAUGGUAUGCUUGUCCGAGAAAUGAUGUCUGAUCCUCUGCUCACCAGAUACAGUGUGCUCAUGUUGGACGAAGCUCACGAACGGACCCUUUACACAGAUAUUGCCAUUGGCCUCCUCAAGAAGGUUCAGAAGAAAAGAGGGGACUUGAGGCUGAUUAUAGCUUCAGCGACUCUGGAUGCCGAGAAAUUCAAGGCUUUCUUCAACCAGAACGAUACGAAUGACCCCAGCAGGGACACCUGCGUCAUCCUGACUGUGGAAGGGAGGACUUUUCCUGUAGACGUUUUUUAUACACAGAGCCCAGUUCCUGAUUAUUUAAAGUCCACAGUUCAGACAGUGAUGAAGAUUCACCAGGGUGACGUGGAAGGGGAUAUUCUGGCUUUCCUGACCGGCCAGGAAGAAGUUGAGAGCGUGGUGUCCAUGUUGGUGGAACAAGCCCGCAUGCUUUCUCGUUCGGGGAUGAAGAGACACCUACGUGUCCUCCCUAUGUAUGCAGGACUCCCUGCUUCGGAGCAAAUGAAAGUGUUUGAGAGGGUCUCUCACAGCGUCAGAAAGGUGGUAGUAGCUACUAACAUUGCAGAGACCUCGAUCACUAUCAACGGCAUCUCCUUCGUCAUAGACUGUGGUUUUGUCAAACUACGAGCAUAUGACCCCAAACGGGCCGUCGAGUCUCUGGUCCUGGUCCCCGUGUCCCAAGCCUCAGCCAAUCAAAGAGCGGGGCGCAGUGGGAGGAACCGCUCUGGGCAGUGCUACCGGCUUUACACAGAGGAAGAUUUCCAUAAGUUACCCCCUUCCACGGUACCGGAGAUGCAGAGGAGUAACCUGUCGCCGGUGAUCUUGCAGCUGAAAGCUCUCGGCAUAGACAACGUUCUGCGUUUCCCCUUUCUGUCGCCGCCCCCCGCACAGUCAAUGGUCCAGGCUUUGGAACUGCUCUAUGCUUUAGGAGGGCUGGAUAAGCACUGUCGUUUAACAGAGCCACUUGGGGUACGGAUGGCCGAGUUCCCUCUUAAUCCGAUGUUUGCCAAGAUGUUGCUGGAAUCUGGUAAUGAUAAAGAGGAACGAUUAAUGUUAUAAAUAUGUUUCUAAUCCUAGAAAGAGUAACGGGUGAAAACCCCCCUAUGGAUACAAUGAAUAGUCUUCUCUC